UAUGAAAUUGAAAGAAACAAGAAGCCCAAUUAUGGAAUAAAUGAUUCUAGGCUUAUAUUGUGGUGAGAGAUUACGAGCAGAAGUAGAUUGAAGGAAAUGGCGAUGAUGCAGUGGUGCGGCGCACUGGCAAGGAGAGUGAUGAUGACGCAGCGGCCUCCUCUAUCAUCUGCUUCGCCGAGUGGGGUAGCGGCGGGAGCGCCGAUACUAUGCGGCAGGGGUGACAAGAAGACAAAGAAAGGGAAGAGAUUCAAAGGAUCAUAUGGGAACUGCAGACCAAAGAAGGAGAAGAAGAUAGAGCGUAUCAAAGAUAAGGUCGAGGUUCCCAGGUCCACUCCAUGGCCUCUUCCCUUCAAGCUUAUCUAAAAAGUUUCCGUCUUUUUCGUGAAUUUAGGCAUGGGUUUUUGUUUGUGAAAACUGUUGUUAUGUAUUAGAAAGAAAUUUCAAAGAUUUUCUUUAUGGCCCUCAUUUUCAGAGUACUUAGGAGUGAAGAAGCUGCUGAAUACUGUCAAUGGAUGCCAUUUGAAAUUCCUCCAUGCCUUAAAUUAAUUUUUCCUUAAGAACAGAGAAAACCCUAACUAUAAUGCGACAAGCAGAACAUAUUUUUUAUG